AUGUAUCUCAACAAUUUCUCCAGCUUCCUGGUGGCUGCCCUUGCUGGUACUGCAUUCGCAAUGCCCCAUUUCUCAGGAGCGUACCAUGGCGAGCGUAUCGCGAUCUCGGUGCCUGGGAAUGCCACAAAACCACACAAUGCAAGCACGCCAGCAACCACGGGAAGAGUGCCAUUGACAAGCGGCAUGUCGAGGCCAAAGAACGGCACGUCGCGACACAUUGCCAGUGUCCAUGGGCUGAAGGGAGCGUCACAGGUCAAUAGUAACGACCGGUGCAACGAUCUAUGUUCCCUGGAGGCGCAUACCUGCAAUCUUGCUGUUCCGGAUGAUGAUAAAUUCUGGUGA